AUGUUUUGGCUUCCAACCGGAUUUCUUUCUGACAAAGAUUUAACUGUCGAAGGGAUUGGACACAACAAAGCAUUGUAUAUCUCAGUCUGCUGUAAUGGAAAACUCUUGCCGAGAGUUUUGAUAGAUAAUGGAUCUGCUCUCAAUAUCUGUCCAUGGAAUACCUUGGUUAAGUUGGGAGUUCAAGAGGCUAAGCUGCGGCGGUCUACCACCGUGGUGAGAGGAUUUGAUGGCGCGAAAAGAGAAUCAAUGGGAGAAGUGAAUUUAGUACUGGAAAUCGGACCUGCCCAAUUCCAAAUCAUGUGCCAAGUCAUGGAUUUUUCAAUUGUUUACAAUAUUCUCCUUGGACGGCCUUGGAUUCACACUUCGGGCGCUAUACCAUCUUCGCUCCAUCAAAUGUUGAGAUUUAUGGUGAAUGGCCAAUUGAUCACAAUUUUUGCGGAAGACGAUUGCACAAUGAUUGUUAAUUUUGGACCAAAUGAUGGGGGUAGUAAAAAAUCUCUGGUUUCUCCUCACCACGUGGCUCACAUUGUCUCCGUAGGAUGGAUAUCUAAGGAGAAGCCAGUGGUGGGAAUGAAUUUGCCAGAAGCUAGUGUUAUGAUGGCCAAAAAAAUUAUUCAAGAAGGAUAUGAAAUAGGCAGGGGUCUUGGGCAUAACCUGCAAGGAAUUCUAGAACCAAUAGAAGUUCAAGGAAAGAAUGAUACUUUUGGAUUAGGGUUUCAACCUACUGCUAAGGAUAAAAAAGAAAUGAUGAAUAGCAAAAAGGCGGAGAAGGAAGGGAAGCAACUUAUCAUGAGUAUUCCACCGUUGUAUUGUACUUUUCCUUACCCAUCAGAGGUGAUUAGAGAUGAAGUGGACCCGAUCGAGGAAGUGGAUGUUGGAUUGUCUGAGCUAUUUGUGGGGGUUGCCUCCGAGGGGGAGCCAUUGGAGGACCCAGAAUUUCCAGAGGUGCCUAUCGAAGCAAUGAAGAAUUGGACCAAAAUUCAAGACGAGAGCGAUAACGAGGAAGAAUCUGACUCUUUAUUAAAGAAUCUUGAACAAUAUGAAGAGAAAUCCAAAUCGAACUUAGAAGAAAUAGAAGUUGUUAAUAUUGGCACUGAGACUGAGGUUAAGGAGAUAAAAAUUAGCAUUCAUUUGAAUAAGAAACAGAGAAAAGAGAUGAUUGAGUUUUUGACCAUGUUUCAAGAUGUGUUUGCCUGGUCCUAUGAUGAUAUGCCUGGAAUUUCAACAGACAUAGUGGUCCAUCGAUUGCCAACUGAUCCAAAUUUUCCACCAGUGAAGCAAAAACCUCGCAAGUUUAAGCCAUUUAUGAGUCUCAAAAUCAAGGAACAAAUUGAGAAACAGCUCGAUGCUAAAAUCAUCAUGGUGUCUCAUUAUCCCAUUUGGCUUUCAAAUCCCGUAUCUGUCCAGAAAAAAAGUGGAGAAGUGCGAGUCUGUAUUGAUUACAGGAAUCUUAAUAAAGCAAGUCCGAAAGAUGAUUUUCUGUUGCCAAACAUCCAUAUUCUUCUAGACAAUACCGCAGGACAUGAGAUCGAAUCAUUUGCUAAUUACUUUGCCGGAUAUCACCAGAUCUUAAUGGCAGAGGAAGAUAGGGAGAAAACUGCUUUUAUCACACCAUGGGGGACAUUUUGCUAUCGAGUAAUGCCAUUUGGAUUGAAAAAUGCCGGAGCCACUUAUCAAAGGACCAUGACCACCCUGUUCCAUGAUAUGAUUCAUAAGAAGAUGGAGGUUUAUGUGGACGACAUCAUCAUCAAAUCCAAAAGAGCGGAGGAUCAUUUGAUUGAUUUGGAAAGGUUAUUUGAAAAAUUGAGAAGAUAUGAUUUGAAACUAAACUCUGCAAAGUGUGCAUUUGCCGCCCCUGCCGGAAAGUUAUCGGGAUUCAUUGUCAGUAAGAAGGGUAUCAAGAUAGAUCCAGUAAAGAUUAAAGCCAUUCGUGAAAUGCCAGUGCCAAAAACGUAA